GAUUUGAAUAACCAGGUGUGAGCAUCGGCCUCCCUCGUUAAUGCGUUUGAUAAUUGACCAGGAGCUCAUUCCUGCGGGAGGGCGGUGUGCCCAAGCCCAGCUCCCGAUUGCUCCUCAGCAAUCCCGAGAUCCCGCAGCCCUGCCCGCCGCCAUGGCUCCCCGCUGCUUCCUCCUCCUCCUCCUCCUCGGGUUGCUCCUGGCGCUGGAGCCUGCCUGCUGCCAGCAAGCCCGGGGCAGCCUCCAGCCAUGGUCACAGGGUGUCAUCGCAGUGGUUGUGUUUCUAGUCCUGGUGGCCAUUGCUUUUGUGGUCAACAGGUUCUGGUGUACGGAGAAAGUGGAAAAUGUUGAGACAGUGGUGAGCUUCGAGGACAAGCAGGACACUGUCACACCCAAUGGCCAUGAAGGGAGAUAUGUAACGGCUGCAGCCAGCUUCAGGUCCAAAGAGAACCAGCAUGCCUACGAGAACACUCUGGAGCCCGAGGACAGGGUGAUCACCACUGCCAUGUAGCAAGCCCCCUGGCUGGCCACCCUCCUUCCUCCUUUCACUUUGCUUCCCUCUGUCCUGAUGGGCAUUUUCACAGGGACCCUCUGCACUGGCAUCCCCCUGCACAGCAGCUCUGACCUC